UUUCAAGUCACGAAAUAUCUGGCACGUGACCACAGCACAAAACUUUAACUUGUCUCUGGUCUGCACAGACUGCAUUUCACCAUGUUGAGAGCCUUACUAGCCUCAAGCAGGCCAUUACUAGCGCGUUUGCGCAUCCCUACUCUUCCUCACGUACAUAAUUUCACACCUGCAAUCUCAUCACUUGGUACGAAUGCAAUACCGUCCACAGCGCGUGGAAUGAAAGUGAGGUCAUCUGUGAAGGUCAUGUGUGACGGGUGCAGCGUUGUGAAGCGAAAAGGCAGAGUGUAUGUCGUGUGUUCGAAAAAUCCGAAACACAAGCAGCGUCAAGGAUAAUCAUCAUCGAACCUGUGUUUUUGAUUCCCGCAAACGGUUUUGGUAGAAUGCAUGUAGGG